UGUUUUUACCUCCCCAAAUGUCAAAUGGACCGAAAGGCCCUUCAAGAGGAAGUGCAGAAAGUAAAAAAGUGGGUGGACAAUAAGCUGCAGAACGACUCGCUGUGUUUCAUGGACCAAAAGGGCCAGCCCAACCAUGCCAUCUUGAAUAGGAAGUACACCCUGCAGAGGGCGCUGUUUGGACUCCUUUGGCCCAGUCUGAUGCUUGGUGGUGGAUCUCUGCUGGUGGGACUUGUGAAGCUGACUCAGUGCCUGGCCCGCCUGUCCACGGACAUGAACCGUUAUUCAGCAGGAGGACAUUGGACUUCUAGAAACACUCAGGGUAAAAUCUACAGACUUAUUCAGAGCUCAAGCCUGCAAUCUCCUUCAUGACUUAUUAAACCCUGCAGCGAGACUAACACCACUUGGAAUUCCUUCAUGAGCUAAAUCAUGACACAUCACCAUUGAUAUGUCUAAAUAUUCACAUUUUUUUGUUUGAAGAGCUGUAUAUUUCCUUACAGCGCUAUCUCGUAAGGUCAUUCUCAUCUCUACUUAGCCUGAGCCAAUGGUGAUAAAUAAAAGGAAGAUAAAAGUGCAGAUCCCUUUUUGUUUAAAGUCGUAGGGAAAUCAUAUUUAAAUGUCAAAUCAUUCUGGCUUGAACAUGUAUAUAAAUGUACUCUUUA